AUGGCCUUCGACUUGACGGAGGAAGAUGAGGAGAACGGCGAGGAGUCUGAAACUUGGUACGUUGAUGAGGUUCGCCGUCUUGAAGAGGUAGAUCGCGUAGGUGUAGAGUGCAGUGCGGAUGAGUGCGAGCUUCCUUCUACGAGUUGCUUGUGGUUUCGGCUAGAUCAAGACGAUGACGAAGAUGAGGGAGAUUACUGUCGUGCUGUUCGUAAUCGCAGUACAAGUUCGGCGCAUGAGAAUCAACCCGUAGAAGUGAUCCUUGAUUCUGGAGCGGAUUGCACUGUUCUUCCUGCUGAGCUCUAUGGAAGUGUAGGCUCACCGAGCCUGGAAGGGAACAUGAGCGUCCUUUUGGAUGCGCAGGGGAACCGCAUCGCUGGGGGUGAAGAGCGAGUCCAAGUGUGCUUCCAGAUCAGAGAUGAAGACGGCACGAUUAUUGAGUUCAACGACAGAGUAGUGCUAGCUCACGUUCAGCAGCCUUUGUUUUGCUUGGGGAAGCUCAUGAAGCGUCAGUGGAAGCCUGAGUGUGAUGAGUUUGGUAGGUGGACAAUGCGUAGAGGUGAAGCUUGUUUUCCUUUGCAUUGGUCUCGUAACAGCUUGGCCACAUACAUGACCAUCUCGCGUGUCUACUACCAGAACCCUGAAGAUCCACAUCAACAUGAAGGCCCCAGUCCUCCAGAAGCAUCGCGAGUCCAAAUUGUUGUUGAAAUUCCUGAAGAGUUGGAGCUUCAUGCGCGUGAUCCUGGUUGGAGCAUGGAUGCUAAUGGUCAUUUAGUCCACCUCGGGCUGAACACUGACAAGACUUGUGAUGCCUCUCUGCGGUUCAAUCCUGACGAUUGGCCUCAUCGCAGCACUCUGCUGUGGCGUGAAGGGCGGAAAUACGAGAUCUUUGAGUGUGGAGAGUGUUGGAGCGAGCGCAGAGAGAUAGAUCUUGGAGAGAAGUCCAAGAAAGUGAUCACGGUGUUGUCCAAAGGCCCCUUAGACCCAGAUCUUCUUGGAACUCCUGUCUCCGGUGGUCGUCCUCGUCAAGUCGCCCCUCGAGCUGAAGGUGAUGACAAUGAAGAUGAGAUGGAAGUCGAUCGUGGUGAUGCUGCUCAGCCUCGUCCUGAAGGCCCUAUGCUUGGUCCCCACGCUGUAGAAGUAGAAGACCCUGAACAAGAAGCGGUUGUGGUCAAUGAUGUUCGCCUCACCGAGACGAGCCCUCUUCGAGAACUUCGCAUCGGCUGUCGCUUCUUGAACAUUUCGAAGAACGGAUCUAAAGCUGCAGUGUGGAAGAGGUUGAAGCGUGAGGUAGCAUUGGCCAAGUUGAAAGUGAGUGUUGAAGCAUCGGAAGCUGUGAAAGCAGAGUACGAUCGAGAGCCGCUUGUUCCAGCACUUGCCGAGCGACCUAGUGAAGAGUUGGUGUUGUUGCACGAAACCACACAUCUUCCUCGCGCUGAUUGGUGUGAAGCAUGCUUAGCAGCCCGAAGCCGUGAAGACAAUUAUGAUGACAGCGGUCCAACGCGUGAGUUUCCUGUGAUUUCGAUCGACUACAUGUUUACCGGAACUGAAGGUGAAGAACAACCCUUGGCUACCCAUCUCGUCGUAGUGGACUCUCAAUCAAAGUACACUCAAGCUAUAGCCAUCGACGGCAAGGGUGGAAGGAGCCUGAAGCAUUGCGUAGAGGAGAUCGUCAGGAUGGCUAGUGCACUGGGAUAUCCCCGUAUUGGACUCAGGUACGAUACGGAACCGGCGAUGAAACAACUGGCGAGCUAUGUGGUUGCCACUAGACUCAAAAUGGGGUUGGCUACCGAGGAAGAGCCAAUUCCACCUGAGGCUGGAAGUCACGGUGCUUCUCGUGCAGAGCGGUUUAUUGGAACAAUAAGAUCACUAGGCAAUUGUCUUCUGAAAACCAUUGAGCAGCACACCGGACACAAGACGGAGAGCAAAGACCCAUUGUUCUCUUGGGCAUUCAGGCAUGCUGCCUUCCUGCACACGCGAUUCAAAGUCCAGAAGGACGGAUGUAGUCCGUUCGAACUUGUCCAUGGGCGAAAGUACAAAUCAAAGCUUGUGCCAUUUGGGUCGUUCGUCUAUGCGCAAUUUCUCCCGAAGUCGAAAAGCAAGGGGGAAACUUGGAAACCAUGCAUUUGGUUAGGACGUUCCACUUUGGGGGACUUGAACAUUGUCGGUGACUCUCAGGGGAUCCAUCAAGCACGCAGUGUCCGUCUUUCUCCAAAACGGUAUGAUGUCGAAGCCCUGAAGAUCAUGAAGGGCGUUCCGUGGGACCAUACGCUCGAAGUUCUUCCCAUGAGACGCCGGAAAACUCCCUUGGCUGUUCGUCUACCUGUGAUUGCUGAAGGACCUGAGCUACCUCCUGGACCUCCUGCGCCUCCUGGCGAUGAAGCGGCAUCGGAUCCUCCAUCACCGGAUGGAGCUGGCGGUGCUGGCAUUAGCUCCGUGGGUUCAGCACCAUCUGUGAGUUCCAUGAGCCUGCCUGGUGAGAGUUCGAGUGCAAUGUCGAGUGGAGAGUCUGCUGAGCUCAUGGUUGAUGUUCCAGGUGGGGUGAAUAGAUUAGAGCUAGAGGAAGAGAUGCCCACGGGGCAUGACGGUGAAGAAGGUUUUGCUGAAGCUGACGGUGAUCCAUUGGAAGCUGGUCUAGAGGUAGACUGGAGAGUAGAUGAAAGUGCAGAGCCCAAAGAUCAGGUAGAUCAUGAACUCAGCAAGGAAUGGGCUUCUCGUCGUUAUGAAGACGGACCUCCGCAGCUCCCCGCCGAGAAACUCCAAAUUCUUGAUGCAGCUAUGGACAAAGUAGAGUUGAAUCGUUUGUUGGAGAUGGGGGUCCUAAAGCAGUUGACGGACAAUGAUGACACGAGUGGGAUGAUGAACCUGCAGAGCAAGUUUGUGAGAGAUUGGAGGUUUCGAUCCAAUGCAGCGGGCACGGCGUGGUCCUGGGUGAGGCGAUCCCGCCUUGUAGCAAAGGAGUUUAGGUUCAUCGACCCAACGAUGGAACAUUUGUAUGCCCCUGCUUCAUUGGCAUGCCUUCAGAAGUUGUUUGCAAGCCUCGCAUGUUCAUGCCCAAAACUUCGCUUGUACACGGGGGACAUCAAAGACGCAUACCUCACAGUGCCACAACGUCGACCGACUUUCAUUCGUCUUGAUGGAUUCAUCUUUGAGCUGUUGUUCAACUUACCAGGCCAACGAGCUGGCGCUCGCGACUUCUACGACAAGUUGGCUGGUGUGAUGACUGGAGAUGGACUUGAAGCUUUUGAAGCAGCUCCGGCUUUAUUCAUUCAGCCUAAGAAGAUCGGUGUUUCCACACAUGUAGAUGAUUUGGAGAUUCUGAGCACAGAUGAGCGUGUUGAUCAGUUGAAAGCCAAGUUGAAGGGGGCAGGUUUGAGUUUUUCCAUCGAGGGCCCGUGCACGUUUGAAGGGGGAGAGUGUCACUUCUUGAAGCGGAAGUUCACGGGCACGGGUGAAGGGAUUCUGGUGAGUCAAGAUGGAAAACACAUAGAGAAACUCGUUGAGCUCCUUGGAUUGCAGAGGGCAGCUGGAAAGUCGCCCCCGUCUCCUUUGAACCCACAUGACGUGAAAGAUGACACGCCGUUGGAUGAACGGCGCCAUGGCAUCUAUCGGACUGCCGUGGGAGUGCUCUUGUAUCUUGGACAAGACAGACCUGAGUGCCUUUAUGCGAUUAAGCUUUUGAGUGGCAAGUGCACCGCGCCAACGGAACAUGAAUGGGGUCUCCUUCGGCAUCUUGUGAAGUUCCUGAAGAGCUAUCCGGAGCAAGGCAUUCUCCUGACCCCAUGCAACCCGGGAAGAACAUUGCAGCAACGAUGUCUAGGUCUCGAUGCCAAGCAUGGAUCCGAGGAUUGCGUGUUCGGCGAGGGGCACUUGCUCGAAGCGGUGAGUGAUGCCUCGUGGGCAGGAGAAAGGGACAGACGGUCGAUAAGUGCGAUGACUAUCUACCUCAACGGGAACCUUGUACAUGCGACUAAUCGUAGACAGAAGUCCAUCACAUUGAGCAGUUGCGAAGCGGAAUUACAUGGCUCUCUAGCUGCAGUGCAAGAGGGAAUUUUCCUGAGGAGAGUGCUAGAGCGGCUUUGCGGAAGUGAUGUGGAGCUUCGUCACCGUGUGGACUCAUCGUCGUGUCGAGCUGUUAUCAACAAGCAAGGUUUGUCGCGAAUGCGACACGUGGAGAUCGCCUUCUUGUGGAUUCAAGACAAGUGUCGAGCUGGAGAAUUUACAACGUCUCCUAUCGGCACUAAAUUUUGCCCUCCGGACCUGAUGACGAAGGCAAUGAACCAACAGAGAAUCAGAUUGUUGUCAUUCAUGCUCGGGAUCUCAAGAAAUGGUGAGCUAGUCGGUAAGGCUGAGUUUGAGGAAGAGGUCACAAAACAUGAGUUGAAGCGCGUGAAGGUAAGUGACAGUGCAUAUGCCAUUCGGGGUCUCCGGAAGCUUCUCUUUUCUCUUUUGGUUGCUGAGAGUGCAAGUUGCCGCGUCACAUGUUCCGAUUUGGAAAUGCUUAUCCCGUCAAUGAGAGGGGGGAGGCCAUUCCUCCCGUUCGUGAUCAUGGUGCUCCUGCUCCUGGUACUCCUUUCACUCUUCUACGGGGUAGCGGGGAGUACAACAUUGCAGGAGAAUCCGAUGACGACCACAACAACAACAUCAAUGACAAAAGUGGUGGCAGCAACGACCCCAAGGGCAAAGGAAAAUCCAAGAUCCAGCGAUGCGUCCCCAUUGAGUCCAAAAUCUCUUCAGCAUCCAAGAAAUUUCUCGCUUCCCUACUCAGAAGACAACACAAAGAAAUCGACGGAGACAGAUCGGUUACAAAGGAGUGCUACAGCGGCUGGACCGCCAAUCAGAUCAUUGACCAUGAGCGCCGAGUUUAUGCUGAGCUGGUCAGAAGGGGAACUGUUCAAGGGCUUGUUGUUGAUAGUUAUGCUUGCGGGCUUCUUCGGCGCGAUCUUGCAGAUGAGUAUCAGCAGUUGGUUGCGAAUCAUAGGUCGAAUCUUCAAGAGAAACGAGCUGAACAUCAAAUCCAACAUCCGCUACGUGAUCAUGGAGAUUGUCAUCGUGGAGACGGAAAUCAACCUGGACUUCGCCAUCAUGUACGCCAAUCUGGAUUACAACAUCGCGGACGCCAUCAACCUGAAGAUGCACAUCAACCUGGAGUACAACGUCGUGGAGGCCAUCAUCCUGAACUACAACAUCGUGGACACCAUCAACCUGGAGAUGCACAUCAAGCUGGACUGCAGCAUCGUGGACAUCAUCAUCCUGGAGAUGCUCUUCAACCUGGACUUGGAGAUGGAGGACCGCUACAUGCAGUACUUCGUGAUGCUCCUGGGGGGCCAUUGGUGGUGA